AUGUCUUCAUUCGGCGGGAGAUUACCGGAGGCGCUGGUGCGGAGAUACGCGCGGGGGAUCUGCGAGGGGCUGCGCGAUCUGCACGCGCGCGGAAUCGUCCACUGCGACAUCCGCGCCGCCAACGUGCUCCUAAACGGGGACAAAGGCGAGGCGAAGCUCUGCAGCUUCGGCUCCGCGAUCCGCGCUGCCGACGGCUCCGCCGCUGAAGCCGCCGGCGCGCGGAAGCCGCCGCCGGCGCGGUUCCAAGGCGCGGGGGCGUACAGCUGGAUGGCGCCGGAGGUGGUCCGCCAGGAGGCGCAGGGCUGCGCCGCGGAUAUCUGGUCGUUCGCGUGCACGGUUCUUGAGAUGAUCACCGGCGAGCCGCCCUGGACGGCGCAGCUCGAAGCGGCGGGCUUCGCGGCGGCGCCUGGGAGCGCGGUCGGUGGUGCUCGGGCGUGUGAUCGAGACGCGGUGUUGCACAUGAUAGGGAGCACGUUCGAGGUGCCGCAUAUCCCGGCGGAAGUCUCGCCAGAGUGUCGUAGUUUGCUGCGACGGUGCUUAGAACGCGACCCGGCGAACCGGCCUAGUGCUAUGUUGCUCUUAGACCACGCGUUUUUGCUGCCCUCGCCGUGCCCGCCGCUCUUCCGCCUCCUAGGUGGUGGCAGUAUCGGUAAUAAUGAUGCUGCUUUUAGUGCAAAUAGUAUGCCUGGGUACAGUACGGAGAAUAUGAAUGGUUCCGUAUCAGGUGGAAUAGUAGCUGCUAAUGGAGUAGCUAAUAGCGGGGCGUUUGGUGUACCAGCUGCUGGAGAGAGGCUUCGCACCCCGGACCGUUACAGAGUAGGCUUACCACGAUCCGCGUCAGCCGGUUCGGCAGAGGAGUCAGGCUCGGCAACAGGCAUGGCAGCAGGUAUGGUGGCAGGCAUGGGCCCGGGAGGGUUCAACGCACCCCCCCCGCUCACGCCACCCAGUUCGUCGAUGCAUUCCCACAGUGGUUACCCUACUUCGCUCUCUUCGCCAAACACUGCGGUUGGGGGAUCAGGCGGAGGGUUCACUUCGCCUGGUUCUGGGGGAGGGAGGCCAGGAGGAGCGAUGGGGGGAGGAUCAGGGGGAGGAUUAGGGGGAGGGGGGCUGGGGGGAGCAGCAGGCGGGGGAGCCUCUUUGGACCGCCCCCCAACGCGCCGAACUCCCCUCCAACGGUCCCAGUCACAGCCGAAGCAGCUCAUAUCCACUCACGUUUCUCUGCCUGGCACAGGUAACCCUGUUUGUAACCCUAAUCCACCUGGUGUAAUCGCGAAUCUGGCCCAGGGUUCACCGAGCAGCAUUCCCCCGACUGGUAAGGCGUCCAGCAGAAAUGUAUCUCCCAUGACUAAGCCUCCUCCUCCUCCUGCUCCUUCUCCUGCUGGUUCCGGCAGCGCUGGUGCAAACCCUAAUUUGCCCAUGGUCGAUCUGGGGGCGAAUUCAAUGAACCCGGCCCUAGCUGCUGCUAUUCCCGGCCCGCCUGCACUAACAGCUGACGCAGCAGGGGGUGGUGGAGGAGCCACAGGAACAGCGACAGGUGGCGGGAUGCCAUUGGGCCCCGUGCUGGUGCCGCCUCCAGGCAUCCGCAUGGGGCCGUUGAUGAGGCAGAUAUCCAAGGGUCAGGAGGCGAUUAGAGCCGCGGCAGCCAUGGCUGCAGCAGGAGGAACAGCAGCAGCUACUGCAGCAGCAGGAGGAGGAGCGGGAGCAGGGGGGGUGGAGACAGAGAGUGGAUUUCUCCCGCACCACCAGGCACAGGCUCGGGCCACUCCUCCUCGCCCAGGCCUCCCCCGAAGCUCCAGUGGCGGUAGCUCUGGAAACUACAGUGUAUCUUUCGGGAACGGAUCGUCUUCUGUCUCAGGGGGCGCAAGUGGAGGCCCCACUGGUGGUGCUGGUGCUGGUAGUGGUUACAACAGCAGUGGCAGUGGCGGUGGCAGCAGUGGGUACAGCGCUGCCCUCCCUCCCUCUCCUGAAGGCGUCACUUCCCCCAACACCAUAUUCUCUGCUCCCUCCCCCCCUUCCAUGCCCCCCCGCCGCCCCCACGCCCACCGACGCUCCCACAGCAUCUCCCCCGAGCAUGGUCACCUGGGGUUCAGUGCUGCUGCUGGGGCCAACCUUGGGAUUGCCGUUGGCACUGGUGGGAGCGCUGGUGGGAGCAGUGGUGGUGGUGCUGGUGGUGGUGGUGCUGGUGGUAGAUUUGGGGCCUAUCCUCCCCCAGGUGUUGGCUCAGGAGGUGGGGCAGGUGCUGGCCCAGAGCUGAAGAUCAUCGAGCUUGUGGAAUCGGCGUGUGACGUCAGCAAGGACGAGGGCGAUUGGAUCCAAUGGCUGGAUGUGCAGGAGAAAGGGGACAAGCUCGAGCUGAAGGAGUUCCCCUACCCUGGGGAUUGCCGCGCAGAAUGCAAGACGAUCCAGAAGGCUUGCCAGGAGGUGGUGGGUUUCUCAGACACGGACGUGGCAGAGCUCCUCUACUCCAAGCCGUCUAUCCAAGAAGCAGACUUCAAGAAACAGCUGUGCCACGACAUGACUCCCACGUGCAGAAAGCAGCCGCCUCCCAUGCCCAAGGGCCGCAAGCCAGGGGAGGCGUUCCGGCGCAAGAGCAGCACGGAGGUGGAGAGGGAGAGGAUGAUGCGAGACAUGGACAUGAAGUCUGAAAAGUAUCGGGAAGAGAACCCGCGUGCCCCUCGCAUGCCCAAAAUGAAGCUUUACUCGCGCGACGACCUCUUAAGGAAGACGUCUGUAGGGGGGAUGGGGAUGGGCGAGGAUGAGGAGGAUGAGGAGGAAGGGGAGGAGGAGGAUCCGGAGGAGAAGCUAAGGAACGAAUUGGGACCGGGGACGAAUGUCGACAUGGAGGCAAUUCGGGCUGCUUUGAAGGCUGCAGACGAGAAGGUGAGAUAG